AUGUUCGCCUCAUCAGGACUGUUCAGCGGAAUACCAUGUCCCUUCAUGCCCGCGUGCCCUCGCGAAUCCUUCUGUGUCUACUCACACACCCUCAAGGACACUCCUCCUCCUGAGUCUGUGCCAACUCCAACUCCUAUGAAACGCAAGCUCAACACGUCUGAGGGGUCGCGUUCAGGGCAGGCAUCGACUUCACAACAACGAGCAUCGAAACCAACGACAACUGUCACUGGGAAGACCUCGCCUGGAUCAUCAUCGACCACCAAGUCGUCGGCGGAGGAGGCUGCCGAGUUGGCGGCCAAGAAACGGAAACUGGCUGCAGAGAUCUCUUCAGGACCACCUUCAGGGUCCAGGUCAGCAACCGCUUCAACAUCUACACCAUCAAAGGCAACUACAACGCCAGCAGUACUCAUGGCAAGACCCGACACCUCGUCCUCUUCUUCUUCACGCAAACCAACCACCAACGCUGCCGGCACUUCAAGACCUUCCAACUCGACGGGCAAACUGACAGUAUCAGGACCGCCAGUCCUCAAGAUCGACAUCCGAGCACACAGCAAACCCCUCUUCCGCCAAGCAGUCGCCACCCAAUUCUAUAACGAGUUCCUCCGUAUCUACACCCCACUCUCCAGCGAAGGCGCCUGUCUCGCGACCGCCCACGCAGUCGACCAAGAAAAGGACGUCCAUUCGAAAACCAACCAAGGUAGCUAUCGGUCUCUCGCAGCAUCGAUCCUCCAACGACUCAAGAAACGCCCUGCCUCGACUGGAAUCGACGAUGUCGGGAUUGAUGGUGACUGGGUGGACCCGAGUUUAAAGGCGAAUGAAGAUGCGGUGUUGGAAAAGAUCUGGAAGGCGGCGGGGAGGUAUGUGCAGACGGUUAAGGAGUUGGAGGAUAAUGGUUACCCUGUCGCGAUCCCAAGGGGGACACCGCCGCGGUAUGGUCCCAAGAAGGAAUGUGAGAGAUGUACAAAGAUGUUUGAGGUCUCAGAGGACUUGGAGGGUGUUGAUAUGCAUGCCUGCCAGUACCAUCAAAUGCGUCUCCGCAACAAACUUCACAAUGGCGACAAGAUUAAGUACUUUCCGUGCUGCGAUGCUCCUCAAGGAAGCACAGGAUGUCAGGAUGGACCCCACGUAUUCAAGGAUGACGAGUUCCUUGAUCUCCAUCACCGGAUACCGUUCAUCGAAACGCCCAAGGACUGUCUGGGAGGCAAGAAGCCCCACUCUGUCGUCGCCAUGGACUGCGAAAUGUGCUAUACGACGGGAGGAUUCGAGUUGAUCAGGAUAUCGGUCGUCGACAAACUCGGAAAAGUCAUCAUGGACGAACUAAUCAAGCCCAGUCACCCAGUCCUGGACUUGAACUCCCGGUUCAGUGGCAUUACUUCCCUCGAAGAAGCGAAAUUGGAUCUUGAACAGGCGAGGGAUAAAUUUUUGGAGCUUGUGAAUCGGGAUACGAUUGUUGUGGGGCAGAGUCUUGAGAAUGACUUCAAGGUGCUGAGGUUGAUCCAUACCAGGGUCGUUGACACUGCUAUGGCGUAUCUGAACUACAGGUACUCGCUCCAGAAGCUGGCCAAGAUGCACUUAUCGAUCAACAUCCAAGAGUCCGAGACUGGACACGACUCUUUCGAGGACGCCAAAACGUGUUUGGACCUGGUCCGCAUUAAAAUGGAACAAGACAUGGCCUCCUGA